CAAUGAAGUUGUUCCAAUACAUAAUAAAGAGUGUUUAUUGUGGUGAUUGAUUAAUAAUUGAAGAUGAUGAUGAUGAUGAUGAUGAAAAUGAGGAAGAUUGAGCCCAUUUUGGAAGUUAAAAAACCUGAAGAGGAAAUAAUUAUGCCGUCGUCAUGGAACGAGUAUAUAUCGCUGGUACUUACGGACAGUGGCUUCGUGACGAAUAGCGCCAUCUACGGCACGGAGGGGCGGAAGUGGGCCUCGACUCCCGGAUAUGGCGUUACCUGUGAUGAAAUAAAAACUCUUGUGUUUGGAUUCAUCGAUCCAUCAAAACUAUGGAAGGACGGUGUUCGGGUCGGAGGACGGACAUUCACAUGCACACGUGCGGAGAGCGGUCUGAUCGUGGGCCGAGAAAGCACCGAGGGGACGGGAUGUGUCGUGUUCCGGUGUAAUAAGUGUCUAGUGAUAGCUACUCACGAGGAAGGUGCACACCCAGGUGGGUGUUAUAAUGUGGUGACUAAACUAGGGGAAUAUUUAAAAGAGCAAGGUAUAUAGCGUAUAUAAUUCAAUUAUAUGUAAUGUUAUAUAUAUAAAGUGUAUUGUUUCGUGAACAGCAAGGGCAUGUGCCAUGUGUGAUAUGUUGUGUUAUAAAAGUCACGUAUAUAUAUUAUGUUUUGUUAUACAAAUACAUGUAACGUUUAGCUUGUGUUCAAGUAUUUGAAUAAGAUUAAUUGUUUUAAGUAUGAUAUUGCCUUUUUAAUGCAUUGUUACUUAUUUAAUACUCGUAUUGUUGGUGAACAAAAUAUA